AUGGCGCGAGUGCAGCCAGCGUCUCUGUCAGAGGCCCAGUGUCUCGCGGAGGAAGUUGCGGCCAGUGUGUCCGUGGUGACUGAGCUCGGCGGCGGUGAUGGCGAUGGAGCGAGCGCGGUUGAGCGGUUGAGCGUGGGCCGGGGUACUUCUCGGCGACCACCACCCCAGAGGCGCCGGCGCCGACCACCACAACCUCCUCCAACAAGCGCUUGGGACGCACUGCAAUCCAUUUCGCACUAGGCUAUGGAAAAUGCAGCCGAUUUCUGGCUCCUCCCUUGUAAAUAUGCCUCUUCUGGAUGUGAAAAAGCCCUGACAUGCCCAGAAAAGGAAGGGCACGAAGAGCUCUGUGACUUCAGGCCUUAUUCCUGUCCGUUCCCUGGUGUCUCCUGCAAAUGGCAAGGCUCCGUGGAUGCCGUCGUGCCCCAUCUGAUGCACCAUCAGACGCCCAUUACCACCCUGCAGGGAACCGAUACCGUUUUCCUAGCUAUGGACAUCGAUCUUCCUGGUGCUAUUGACUGGGUGAUGAUUCAGUCCUGUUUCGGCUUUCAGUUCAUGAUAAUAUUGGAGAAGCUGGAGAGAUACGAGGGCAGCGAGCCCUUCUUUGGAACUGUACAGCUGAUAGGAACAGAGGAGCAAGCUGAAAAUUUUGCUUAUCGGCUUGAGCUAAAUAGUCCUGGGCGGCGUUUGGCUUGGGAAGCCACUCCUCGAUCUAUCCAUGAUGGAAUUGCAACAACCAUUUUGAAUAGCGACUGUCUAGUCUUUGACACUACAAUGGCCAAGCUUUUUGCAGAAAAUGGUAACUUAAGCAUGAAUGUAACUAUUUCCGAGUGUUGA